UUUGAGACAGACUGUAUACAGUAUAUAUUUUUGAUGGUGGCCAAGAGUCAGUGAGGCCUUUGGAAAAUUUAAAAGGUAAUGGAUUAAGUUUUAAAAUCUAAAGAAAAUAUUACAUUUGAAAUUAUCAAGAGACCAAAAAAAGAUGGGUUGUGGGGAAAGUAAAGACCAGAAGCCAAUCAAGGUAGACUCUGCAAGCUCAGACAGAGUCCCAAACCUGACCAACAGGGAAGCAAGACAUAAUGAGAUCCUAGAGGUAAUUGACUUGGGGGAUCCCUUCUUGGACAGGAGGGAUCCUCAAAGGCAGCAACUGGCAGAAGAAGAGGAUGAUGAUCUUGGUGGCACUGACUCCAGCAGCAUUCACAAUAUACAUUCUAUUUACACCAGUGACCUUGGGGAAUCAUUGGACUUGAGAAGAGGUGGUUCAGGACCAGGACUAGAACAUAAAAACAAUAAGGCAUCAGCCUCAAGCUAUGACUCCAUAGAUUCAGGAGUGUAUGAGCUGGAUGAUGAAUACAGCUUUGUCAUCACAGAGCUUUCUUCACCAGAACUGAUAGCAAGAGUUGAGAGAGACUUUCUUCCACCAAGUGAAGAACUGGAUCUAACAAUCCUGGGAGUGACUUGCAAAAGACUGCUGAGUGGGUCCCAGAAAACCAGACUGGAGGAGCAAGAGGUUCUGGAAACUCUGAGGAAUGAAGGACUCUUGGCAGUGACCACUUCCAAGAAACCUGGAAGUCUCUGCUUUGAGAUUGUUGAUGCAAAUGCAAGUCUGUCAGAAAGCAUGAGGAGUGACACCUUGUCAAGGCUCAAUUCAUCUGCUCAGCCUCAUUUACCACCUUUGAAACUGCAGUCCAAACUUGAGGCCAGAAGGAGGCAACAUCAAAGGGAGAUCAGCUCAAACACAGACAUAGAGAUCAUGCUACAGAAGGCUGAAGAUAGAAGGAAGCAAGUGGAGGAACAAAAGGUGAAGAGGCUCAAUAUAGAAAGAGUGGAGCUUGCCAAUUCAAGAGUGGAAGGGGACAGAAUAGAGAAGGUCACCAAAGCCAAUCAGCAAGUUGAGGGAGCAGAAAAUAAUAGGGAAACAAGGCUGAAAGAGCUGAGAGACAAGCUCAAAGAGAAGCACACCAAAGUUGCUCAUGCCAGACUUCGGGCUCAGACCCACAAGGAGUCCCUUGGCCCAACACCAAAACCAAUUCUUCAAGGGGUCAGUGGACCCAGGGGCAUCAUCAUGGAUGAUCACGCCCUUUUAAGGCCCAGCAUCAAAAUUGGCAGCCAUGAUGCAUUCUUUGAUGAUUAACUUGAUAUUCAUCCUUUGUCAAAAAAAAAGAACUUACCCAAAACAAGAUGCCUUCUUCAGCAACCCACUUUCUUCAAGCUCAAUAUGUCCUGCAACAAAAAAAUUAUAUUGUCAAAAUCAUUAUAUAUCAACACUCUGCUGCAACAUGAAAUGAAACAGCCUCAGGAAACAAGAA